GACUUGUUUUUUUUUUGGCGGGAAUACAGUUUCAAAAUUUAAUUUUUGAAACUUUAAAUUAUCUUUGAGUUGGACAUUAUACCAGCCUAACCAUAAGCAUAGGCUUUUCAGCAACCUCUCAUCUCGCAGACAUCUUUUGUGUUCGUUCAAAACUUGUGUAAGUUCCGACUUUUGUCUUUCGCAUAACGCUUUGUAUUUAAGGACUCCCCAUGACAGUGGGAGCAAGAAAAUCUUGAAAACUUGAGUUUUCCUCAACCGUAAAGGAUAGUGCGCUGUGCUGUGUUGCUGGUGUCGCUGAUGGUGUGCUUCUCUCCAUGGUCCAGAAGUGGCACAAGUGCAAGUGCAUAUAAUAAUGUGUGCUUUCUCAUAAAUCAUUUUCGCUGGGCAAGUUGCAAAGUUGCAUUGUGAGUGAGCAAGUGUAGGUGGUCGUGGUAUCCUUGUUUGUUUUCGUUGUUCUUGUUAUUUCUGCAUCCUUGUGUCGUGUUGUUUGAUCCUGUCGUUUCUAUCGUUGCUGUCGUUAGCCGUGGUUCGUUGGCAAUGUCGUUGUCGACGACGAAGCCUUCAUCAUCGUCGUCAAAAGGCCUCAUCUCGUCAUCCGUCGUCGUGGUCCUUGUUGUUGUCGGUCGUUGACGCGUGUUUGUUUUGAAAAAAGGAAUCUUGUUCUUUUUUAUAAUUUGUGCUUUAAACUUAAGCGAGGAUACGGGCGUGCAGAAUACAAAGUGUGCACCACCUGCAUAGUGAUGUUAACAACAAAAUAAUUGUGCAAAGGGUGGCAAAGUAAAUUGGCUUAAGUUCAGGUGUUGGAUCAAAAAGGAAAGAGAAAUAAAAUGCAAAGCAGCGGGCUUACCUCUAUUUUUUUAUUUCCAUCUGCAUCAGAGCUUUAAUUGUGCAAACGAAAAUAAAAGAAAAACAAAAAGUUGUGAACGGCAAAAGAGGAAACAAAAACCGGAUGUUGACACGAUUUCCUUUUGGCCGUCUCGUUUCGAAGUGUUUUCUGGAUGGAAAAAAGAACUCCUCGAAAAAAGUGGGCACAAAAAACGACACUUAGUCGAAUCCAAUUCCAUCAGCCAGCUUCCUUUUGAGCCGAGAAAAAAGGACUAAAACUAAAAAAAACCCACCCCACCUAGAAUUUAAUACACAAAAAAAUAGUUAAAAAAGAAUUUUAAUUCAAAACAACACAGUGCUACUUUUAUCGCCUCUCAGAAACCCCCACCAUUCACAUCAACCCCCUUAACGUCUAUCUUCUCGUACAAUAUUGUGUUUGAUGAAAAUUUAAUUUAAAAAAUUAAAUUCAUGCAAAAUAAAUCAAAAUAUCUAUCAAUUUCGUGAAAAUUCAACCCAAAACAACAACAACAAAAAAGAAAAAGAAAUUAUUUAUAUUCAAAUUAAAUUCUGAAUAAAUAAAACGUGAAUAUACACAAAUUUGCGUUUAAAUAAUAACGUCAGUGUUUUUAACCAAAAAUUUAAUGUGAAAAUACGAAAAGAUCCAUUUUCGAAAUAAAAAUGAAUAAAAAUACAAAUUUCCAGUAUUUGAGUGUGUGAAAAAUAAAAAAAAUAUUUAAAUAUAUAAAUCUGGUGUUUAUUUCUGAAAAUUUAAUUGCAUACCUGCAUUUUUAUCCUGCAAACGAGGAUUGCGUUUAAAAUUUUUUGUUUAAUUUUUUGUGUUUUUGAUUUCGUUCACAUUGUUGAGUAAUAAAUAAAAUAAAUAAUAUCUAUCUAUAAAAAUAAAUCAAACAAAAAUAAAAGAAUAAAAUCCACUAUGACGAUGCGUGUAUCUGCCAAAUACAGUCACCAUUUGGGAUUAAUUAUUUAUGGAUUACUAUUUUCGAUUUGUACGACAAAUGCUGGAAGGAUAUUUGACGUGACAAACAUCCCAACGGAGAAGGUAAUAGCCGAAGCUGGAAAGAAUGUCACCAUAACAUGUCCUGGUGUAACGGAGCACUCUCUGGUGGAUACGUUAACGUGGAAAACGGCAACAACAACCAUCGCCCAAUUUGCCAAUCGGAUACCGCUGUUACACAGCCCAAGGAUUCAACUGCUGUCUGAUAAUUUUGGUCUGCAAUUCGUUCCGGCAAUUGCAUCGGACACUGCCGAGUACAUAUGUCUGGUUAAUGACAGACAUAUUCCGGAGGCGAUUGUUGAUUUAUUAGUUCAGGAUGUUCCAGAUCCACCAGAGAGGCCAUUACUGAUGAGCUUCACGUCACGCUCAGUUAAUUUAUCAUGGGCACAUUCACAACAUUCGAGGAAUACCCCAGUAACGCAUUUCAUCAUUGAAACGAGAGUUGGCGAAGAAGGACCCUGGGACCAAGUGCCGCAAAUUUUCACUAAAACUAAUGCGACAUCAUAUCAAGUGACAGGCCUUAUACCGUUUACGGUCUAUAGCUUUCGUCUAUUGGCUGUUAACAAAUUGGGUGUUAGUCCUCCGUCCAAAGAGUCCUACUACAUUGUGACACUACGUGAACCUCCUAUUGGAAAACCAGUCCCUACCACCGCCCAUAAUACAUCAUCCACGUCAGUGUACGUAUCCUGGAAGCCGCCGCCACCAAAUACGAUUCUAGGUGAAUUCCUCGGAUAUCGCAUUACGUACAGACCUCGAGACCGGGAUCCCAACGACACCAAGGAAAUUUACAUUCGAGAUAGUACCGUGGAGAGUCAUGAAAUUCAUAAUCUGGAGGCGUACACACAGUACAAGGUGUCAGUUCAGGUAUUUAAUCCCGAAGGAUUGGGACCUGAAACGACAAUAUUGGUUAUGACUGACGAAGGAGUGCCAAGUAAACCUUUGAAUUUGACAGUCUUGGAUGUUACAUCGACAACUAUAACUUUAACAUGGUUGGUUCCUAAAAAUCAAAAUGGAAUCAUCAAUGGCUAUCAUGUAUUUCAUUUGCAUGAAAAUCAAACUGGAGUUGGAAUUGCUAGAGCGUCAGAUGGACCAUCGGUAACAUUUGUUAUGGAUAAAUUGAAACCAUUUACUGAAUAUAGAAUCAAUGUUAAGGCUUACACUAUUGCCCAUGAGGGCGAAUCAACGGAACCCAUUCGUCAACGAACUGAUGUCGCAGGACCAAGUGCACCAAUUGUAGUUAAUCUUACAUGCCAUUCACAGGACUCGAUUACAAUUCGUUGGAGGCGUCCAUUGGAGUUCUUUAAUUCAAUUGAUUAUUAUAUUAUUAAAUCGCGUAUAGUCGGACAGGAAACACACCGUGAUAUUAGAAUUAAUGCCUCCGACAAGGAAUUGGAAACUGCGAUGAUUUUACAAAAUUUGACAACGAAUUCAAUGUACGAGGUCAAAGUAGCAGCUGCAACUUACAGCGUUAUAAAUCCAAAGAAGAUAGUUCCUGGACGAUAUUCCGAGCCAAAGAAGAUCCUCUUGCAACCAAAUUGUGAGAAAAUUCAACCCUUACUGAGAACAUCCCAUAAUGACUACAAUUUGGCUGUACUCGUUGGAAUUAUAUUCAGUUGUUUCGGAAUUGUCCUUAUUGUGAUGGCUUUCUUUUUAUGGAGCAGGAAAUGUUUCCAUGCAGCAUACUAUUACCUAGACGACCCCCCACACCAUCCAUCGGUGCCCCAGGUUGACUGGGAAGUUCCCGUCGAGAUUGGCGGCGAAAUACGUGCUGCUGUGCCCGUAAAUGAGUUCAGUAAGCAUGUAGCUUCGCUGCACGCUGAUGGCGACAUCGGCUUUAGCCGGGAGUAUGAGGCCAUUCAAAAUGAGUGCAUAUCCGACGACCUACCCUGCGAGCACUCACAGCAUCCGGAGAACAAGCGGAAAAAUCGCUAUCUCAACAUAACUGCAUAUGACCACAGUCGAGUGCAUCUCCACCCAACACCAGGCCAAAAGAAGAACCUCGAUUACAUUAAUGCCAAUUUCAUUGACGGCUACCAGAAGACCCGUGCCUUUAUCGGCACGCAAGGUCCAUUGCCGGACACAUUUGAUUGCUUCUGGCGAAUGAUUUGGGAGCAACGAGUGGCGAUUAUUGUGAUGAUAACGAACCUGGUCGAACGGGGCCGUCGGAAGUGCGACAUGUACUGGCCAAAGGACGGCAUUGAGACAUACGGGGUCAUUCAAGUGAAACUGAUUGAGGAGGAAGUAAUGUCCACGUAUACUGUGCGAACGUUACAGAUUAAGCACCUCAAGCUCAAAAAGAAGAAACAGUCGAACUCGGAGAAAAUCGUUUACCAGUACCACUACACGAAUUGGCCGGAUCACGGAACACCUGACCAUCCCCUGCCAGUAUUAAAUUUUGUUAAGAAAUCUUCAGCAGCCAAUCCACCAGAUGCAGGUCCAAUAGUUGUCCACUGCAGCGCUGGAGUUGGACGCACUGGAACAUACAUCGUUUUAGAUGCCAUGCUCAAGCAGAUCCAGCAGAAGGGAGUCGUCAAUGUAUUCGGCUUCCUGCGACACAUCCGGGUGCAGCGGAAUUUCCUCGUUCAAACCGAGGAGCAGUACAUUUUCCUGCACGACGCCCUUGUCGAGGCCAUAGCCAGCGGGGAGACAAACCUGCGUGCCGAUCAAAUCGAGGAGCUUAAAAAUCUCACCACCUACCUAGAGAAUCAGUACAAGAAUAUUAUUCAGUUCCAAACGAAGGAUAUUCACAUCGCGUCGGCGAUGAAGCAAGUCAACUCAAUCAAGAAUCGUGGUGCCAUAUUCCCGAUUGAAAGCAGUCGGGUGCAUUUAACGCCGAAGCCGGGCGAAGAGGGAAGCGAUUAUAUAAACGCUUCGUGGCUGCACGGUUUCAGGCGGCUGCGAGACUUUAUUGUCACCCAGCAUCCAAUGUCUCACACCGUCAAGGAUUUCUGGCAAAUGGUGUGGGAUCACAAUGCGCAAACAAUUGUAUUGCUAUCAUCAUUAGAUGAGAUUAACUUUGCGCAAUUUUGGCCAGAUGACACGACGCCCAUCGAAAGCGAUUACUAUCGCGUAAAAUUCUUAAGCAAGACCAACAAAAGCGACUACGUGAGUCGAGAUUUUGUCAUACAAUCAAUACAGGACGAUUAUGAGCUAAGCGUGAAAAUGCUGCAUUGUCCCAGUUGGCCAGAAAUGACCAAUCCAAAUAGUAUUUACGAUUUUAUUGUGGACGUGCACGAGAGAUGCAGCGACUACAGAAAUGGACCAAUCGUUGUCGUGGAUAGAUACGGCGGUGCUCAGGCAUGUACAUUCUGUGCGAUCUCAUCAUUAUCCAUCGAAAUGGAAUAUUGCAAUACGGCAAACAUCUAUCAAUAUGCCAAAUUGUAUCACAACAAACGGCCGGGCGUAUGGACGUCUAGCGAAGACAUACGCCUUAUUUACAACAUCUUAUCAUAUUUGCCUCGUAAUUUGCAGCUACUCAAACGCACUGCCUUGCGUACAGAAUUUGAAGAUGUUACGACGGCAACGCCGGAUUUAUACAGUAAAAUCUGUAGCAAUGGUAAUAUUAGUAGUACGUUACAAAAUUCAAAUCCCCUAACUAACUUAACUAUAAAUAAUGCUGCAUUAACUUCGCUUAUAAAUGGUGAUGUUACAACAAUUACAACAACAACAACAACAAAUCCAACCCUAAUAACAACAACAACACCAACAACUAUCAUUCCAACAUCAACAAUUAUAAAUAAUUUGGAUAAUGAUGCUAAUGGUGGUGAUAAUGGUGAUGGUAAUUAUAUAAUUAACCCAAUUAAUCAAACAACCCCUACUAACCAACAACAACAACAACUAACUGGUGGUAUUAAUGAUGACGUUAAUAACGUUCAUGGUGAUGGUAUUAAUGUUAAUAUUAAUGUUAAUGGUAAUGUAAAUUUAAAUGUUAAUGGAAACUUAAAUUAAAUUUUCAUCAACGUAUUUAGCUGUAACGGAUGCUCAAAGCUUAGAUAUUGUAGGAUAAACAAAUAAAUUAUUUUAGUUUAACAAAUUAACACAAACAAAAACUAUUCCUAAGUAAAAUUAAAAAGAAAAAAAACAUAAAUUUACACAAAAAUAGUAGAGCAAGCUGACACAACCAUUCUUUAAGUAAAAGUAAAUAAAACAAACAAAAAAUUAUACAUAAAAGUUCAUCCAGUUAUUAUUAAACAAAAAACAAAAAACAAUUCCUUUCAACAACAAAUUAAAAAACAAAAAAAAAACAUCACAAUAAACAUUCUCUUCUAUGUUCCUCUGGUUCCUUUUUUCUUUUAUCUAUAUUUCUAUUCAUAAAUUUACUAAAACAAAACAAAAACAAGAAUUAUUAUAUGUAAUGUGUAAGAAGUUCAUCAAAAUACAUCACACUCUUGGAGGUCUUGAGAAACCAGGACCUCCAUGAGCAAAAACAAAAUAUAAGCGCACCCUUUUAUGAAUAAACAAACAAAAAUGUAGUUAAACUAGAAAAAAAAAAAACCAACACAAAAACAAUGUAGUUAUUAACAAUUUAUACGAGAAUAAAAACACGGUGAUGAGAUUGCAUGAAAUUAAUUUAGUUCUUAAUCAUUAUAAUUAUUAUUAAUAAAAUAUAUAUAUUAAAAUUCUUUGUAUAAAUGUGACAAUGUGAUUUGCUGCGUGUAUGAUGGAUGUUUAGUCGCGUCUGUCCGUCCCGUCCGUCUGUUUAUUUUGAAUUAUUUUUGUUUCAUUUCCGUCCCUAUAUUAUUUAUCAGAAAAAUUAUACCUAAAUUAUAUAAUUCACCUAAAAUUGUAAAUUGUAAAAAAUUAUAAUUAAAAAAGAAAAGAAACAAAACAAAAAACUAAUUAGAAAUAUUACCUACCAUAUAUAUGUAAAAUGUAUUUAUCGAAAUUUUAAUUUAAGUAAAAUUAAAAAAAAAAAAACGAAAAAGAAAAAAAGAAA